CGGCUGAUUCAGAAGACACCCCCUUCCCCUUUACGUCAUCGCCGCCAUAGUAAUUCUACUUUUCUAGGUGUCUGCCCUCUCUGCUCGGCUUGAUCGUCGUCAUCCACAUAGUGGUUCCACUGCAUCAGGCCUUAGUCAUCCGCUUCCACAGGCCUCCCUAUUGAGCAAGAUUGCCUUCUGCAUUGGUCUGUUGAUGGCAUGUCUUGCCUUAUUGCUAGCACCAUAUAGAACUUGACCAUCCAACUUUAGUUUGUGCUAGCUAGCUUGUGGAUUGAGUCAAGUGAACUGUUUUUUCUUUUCUUUCAAAGACAGCCACUUGUUGUUGGAUACAUUCUAUGUUGAACGUUUAUCACUGAGUGCAGAAACUGACGCAUCUCUUCAAACCAUUUCACAUUUUAUAGGUUUUGUGUGCGUAAUUAUUACAUUUGGGAACUUACAAUAUAGUAUGUGGAUAGCUUCUUCUGUAUAUACCAACGCCCUGCAUGAUUUCCAGUACUUGGACUUUGAUUCCAGAUCAAAGUGUGAGGAGGUGAUUUAGUCAUAAAGCAUGGACGCUUCGGGGCCUGGCCCUGGUGGGGCCCCCUAUGGCCUGACCGUGGAGGAGCUGGGGAGCCUGAUGGAGCACCGGGGUCAGGAGGGUAUAGACUUGCUCAACACCAAAUAUGGGGGUGUAGUGGAGAUGUGCAGAAAUCUUCGAACAGAUCCAGUCCUUGGUCUGGAUGAGACAGACAUUGAACAAAGACGGCGGAUUUUUGGCUCUAAUGUGAUUCCACCGAAACCUCCAAAAAGUUUUCUGCAGUUAGUUUGGGAGGCGUUGCAAGAUGUUACACUAAUCAUUCUCAUUGUUGCUGCCAUCAUUUCUCUAGGAUUAUCAUUUUAUAAAGCUCCUAAGGAUAACCAAGCUGGCGUCAGAGAGGAAGACACUUAUGAGGUCGCAGGAGGGAACAUUGAAGAAGCUGCCGGCUGGAUUGAUGGUCUGGCUAUCCUGGUUGCUGUUGUUGUUGUGGUGCUUGUUACUGCUUUUAAUGACUGGAGCAAAGAAAAGCAGUUCCGUGGUCUACAGAGUAGAAUUGAACAUGAACAUAAAUUUGCUACCCUCCGCAAGGGUGUGGUUGAGCAGAUCCCAGUCGGCUCCCUAGUUGUGGGAGACAUUUGCCAAGUCAAAUAUGGUGAUCUUUUGCCAGCUGAUGGCAUCAUUAUACAAAGUAAUGACCUUAAGGUAGAUGAAAGUUCAUUGACAGGAGAGUCUGACCACGUGAAAAAAGGGGAGAACAGGGACCCCAUGCUACUCUCAGGUACUCAUGUCAUGGAAGGCAGUGGCAAGAUGCUGGUUACUGCUGUUGGACCCAACUCCCAAACGGGUAUCAUCUUUGCGCUUCUCAAUGAAAACACAGAGGAAGGAAAGGAAAAGAAGAAGAAGAAAAAGAAGGAAGAAGCUGACAAAGAAGCUGGCGUGGACAGGAAGGACCUGGAGCAGAAGAAGCCACUGUUUAAGGAUAUAACUGUUAGGAUGGUAGAAGUGAUCCCCUCUAACGACAGUGAUGCCAAAACCGACAUUGAAAACAUUCAGCUGAAAGUUCACGAUGGCAACAGUAACUCCCAUGGUGCCAGCAAUGCACAUCCUGUUGAUGGAACCAACAACCAGGUUGCCUACAGAACCGAAGCUCCAGCAGUCGCAGUGUCUGAAUCAGAACAGAAAGUUAAGAGUAGUUCUCGAAAGGAGAAAUCAGUACUUCAGACCAAGCUUACUCGUUUAGCAAUACAAAUAGGUUAUGCCGGAACGGCCAUAGCUGUGCUUACAGUGGUCAUUCUCAUAGUGCAGUUCUGCAUUAGAGAGUUUGUUGUGCGAGGCAAAUCAUGGACCUCAGAUGAUACGACACGUAACAUAGAGAUGUUUGUGAAAUACUUCAUCAUUGGUGUUACCGUACUUGUGGUGGCUGUACCAGAAGGCUUGCCCCUAGCUGUAACUUUGGCUUUGGCUUACUCAGUCAAGAAAAUGAUGCAUGAUAACAACCUUGUAAGACAUUUGGAUGCCUGUGAAACAAUGGGUAAUGCUACUGCAAUUUGUUCUGACAAGACAGGGACACUUACCACCAAUAGGAUGACAGUGGUACAAAGUUAUAUUGGGCGUCGCCAUUUCAGAGAAAUUCCAGAAUUUCGCCAGAUAAAUCCUAAAGUUGGACAGCUGAUACUGGAAUCAAUUUCUGUUAACAGUGGCUACACUUCUAAAAUAGAGCCACCAGAGCAUGAAGGUGAACUUCCCAAACAACUUGGUAACAAAACAGAGUGUGCCCUGCUUGGAUUUAUUCAAAAUUUGCAUCAGAGCUACGAUGCCAUUAGGAAGAGGUACCCAGAAGAGAAUCUCGUGAAGGUGUACACUUUUAACUCUGACCGUAAAUCUAUGUGCACGGUGAUAAAAUUGGAUGAUCAACCUGACACAUACAGAUUCUUCUGCAAAGGAGCAUCAGAAGUAGUGGUUAAAAAGUGCGACUAUAUCUUAAAUGAAAGUGGUAUUGCAGUACCUUUCAACCAACGAGAGCAAGAGAAGGUGGUUAAUGAUGUUAUUGAGCCAAUGGCCAGUGAUGGGUUAAGAACAAUUUGUUUGGCUUACAAAGACUUUGUUCGGGGAGAAAAAGCUGAAAAUGAAGGAUCACUGGAUGGUGUUGACUGGGAUGAUGAACCAAGUAUUUAUCGCAGUCUGACAUGCGUGUGUAUUGUGGGAAUUGAAGAUCCUGUCAGACCAGAGGUACCUGAAGCCAUUAAAAAGUGUCAGAGAGCUGGCAUCACAGUGCGUAUGGUUACUGGAGACAAUGUAAACACAGCGCGUAGCAUUGCUGCCAAGUGUGGUAUCCUAAGACCAGGGGAAGAAGGGCUAGUUUUAGAAGGAAAAGAAUUUAACAGAAGAGUCAGGGACCAGACGGGUGAAGUUAGCCAAGAAUUAAUGGACAAAGUUUGGCCUCACUUGCGUGUCUUGGCCAGGUCAUCCCCCCAGGAUAAGUAUGUCCUUGUGAAAGGUAUAAUUGACAGCAAGUGUCAGGUAACGCGUCAGGUUGUGGCUGUCACCGGUGAUGGUACUAAUGAUGGGCCAGCUUUGAAGAAGGCCGAUGUCGGAUUUGCUAUGGGUAUUUCUGGCACUGAUGUGGCAAAAGAGGCAUCAGAUAUUAUCCUAACUGAUGACAACUUUACCAGUAUUGUGAAGGCAGUGAUGUGGGGGCGUAAUGUCUAUGACAGCAUCGCCAAGUUUCUACAGUUCCAGCUGACAGUCAAUGUAGUAGCUGUGCUUGUGGCAUUUUUUGGUGCCUGUAUUAUCAAUGACAGCCCUCUGAAAGCUAUUCAAAUGUUGUGGGUAAAUCUUAUUAUGGACACACUAGCUUCACUUGCCUUGGCCACAGAGUUACCAACUGAUGAGCUCUUGCUCAGAAAGCCCUACGGCCGAACCAAGCCACUCAUUUCACGCACUAUGGCUAAAAAUAUCUUGUUUCAUUCUAUCUACCAGCUGACAGUCAUUGCCGUUUUACUCUUCAAAGGACCAGAGCUGCUGGGUCUGGAUGACGGUACAGCUGAUGUGGACAAUGUGCAUGCCCCACCCUCGAUACAUUUUACUAUGAUCUUCAACACUUUUGUCAUGAUGACAUUGUUUAAUGAGAUCAAUGCUCGUAAAAUCCAUAACCAGCACAACAUUGCAGAGGGCAUCUUCAGUAACCCUAUCUUUAUUGGCAUAUGGAUUGGAACUCUAGCUGCACAGGCUAUCAUCAUUCAAUUUGGAGGUGUUGCCUUCCACACAACAAGCCUAAGUGCAGCACAGUGGCUAUGGUGUAUAUUUUUUGGUUUUGGAACAUUAUUAUGGGGACGAUUGGUGACGUUGAUUCCAGAGAAACGCCUACCAUCUCUUAGAAUGUGUAAGAGCUCAGAAAAAGACCAAAUGGAAGAUGAGCAUGAUAUGGAUAAUCCAGAGGAUGACCCAGUUAGUGGGCGUGGCCAGAUAUUGUGGGUGCGCGGGCUCACCCGAUUACAGCAGCAGAUUCGUGUGGUAAAUGCUUUUCAAAUGGACUUGGACUCUCAGCAUAUGGACAGCUAUGAUAAGCGCAGUCGACCGUCAGUCAUCAGCCUACAGUCACUUCAAGAGAAGAGAAUGGGAGUCUCCCGGAAACCCAACUUGGCCAGUUCCCCAGAGGCUGCUGAAGUCACUACAAAUACACCUUGGUUUGGCAGGGGUGAUAGCAUACCAUAUGCUGAUGAGUAAAGUGUAUCAUAUUUCUCAUUGCUUGAAAGUUGACAGUCUUUGAAGAAUGAAAAUUAAUUUUGUAAAAAAAAAAAAUUUCAUGAUGGAGGUGGGGUGUGUGUAGGUUCUUCAAUUUGCAAUUGUUGUUUUAUAUAUUUUUAAAAGAUUACAUUUAACUUAUUAUAUUUAAAAUAGAUAAAUAUUGUGGUGAUGCAUGGGUCGCCUCCCUUCCAGCUAUUCAUAUUAUAGAUUUUCAUCAUUAAUUUGUUGUCAUCCCCUCUUGGUAAUAAACUUAAAUGAAUAUAAUUUUUAUUUGUUUUUAUUAAAUUUUUGCAUAACAUAAUGAUUUUAAUUAUUUUAAGAAGGAAAUCAAAUUUUCUCAGUACAAAUUGCUAGGGAAAGUUUUCUAUUUUACAUGCUCAACAAAAAAAACAAGAAAAGGUUUAUUUUAAUUGCCUUUGAUGAUAGGACAUGCAGGAGUGUACAAUGGAAAUGUUCUCAAGUCAAAUAAGUCAACUAGCACUCCUGGUGAAGGAAUGUUUUUUUUUUCUUUUAUAUGUAUGUAUAGAAAGAAAGGUUGUUUCCCAUUUUUUUCUCUCAUACUUCCAUCAUAUGUACAGGAAAAACCUGUCUGUUUUACCAGUUUGUAUUUUUAAAAAUAAGAUGUAAUUGUCACUUUUAUAUAGAAACUACAUUGUAGUCAAAUUUAUUAGUAGAACCAUUUGCAGCUCUUGAAAUGAUUGUCAUGGUUCCUUCCUUGCUUUCUUACCUUUUGUUAUGCCUCAAGUUUUGUAAAGUUUUUAUCUUGAUGACCACAGACAGAAUGUUAUGUAACACUGCAUAAUAGGACUGAGACAUGUUGUUUAGACAUUGAUAUUCAGGCUAAGCACUAAUAGAGAGAGGAAAGAAACAUUUAAAAACUGUACAGUCAACUGUGUAGGUAGCCUGCAGUUUUCAUGUGUCCCUGGUUUCAUCUUUUUUAUAUAUAUUCCUUGGUCCCUUCCAUUUCUCCCAAAGUUUUUAUAAAUCAUCUUAGUCUUAGCUAGUCAUUUUAAAAAAAAUCUAAAUAAAGUGGUUUGUUUUUAAAACUGGAAAUCAAACUAAAAUGUAAGUAGUUUAAUUUACUAAAAUGUAAGUAAUCUUAACAAAAUGGGUUAUAGAUAUUUCUUCAAAACAAUGACAUCCUAAAUACACAAAAACAUGAUUAAAAAAAUAAUUUUUUUACUUCUAAUUGUUGCGAGAUAUAUCUGUACCUUAUGCCAUGUGUAAUAAAGUAGUUAAAAUAAAAUAUUUAUUUGUUUUCUUCUAUAAGUGUGUGUGUGGGGAAGUAGUAUUUUUUUAUCAUCUGGGGCUAAUUAAGAAUAAAUCAAUACAAAGCACUUAGCAUGAUGAAUGAAACUAAAGAAUGAAAUUUAUGAGCUGUCAUCUUGUAAUUUUGUUCAGACUUUUGAAAGUGUGCAUGAUUCCUUUCUCUUCUCACCCCCACCCCUUUUUCCAUUUUGCUGGCAUUCCAAGAAAAUGCUGUUUCAUUUGGUAAUACACUUUGUCUUGUAGAAGUAAUUACCAUUUUCCCAGGUGUUUAAUGAUAGUGGACAAACCUUUUCUAUUGCUUGCUGACUGUGCAACACUACAUCUUUUCUAUUUAUAGCAAGCUUUAGCCCCCCACCUGGUACUAGUUACUCAAUAAUAGCCCAUGUGCACAAUGUUCUCUUGUACUAUCAUUUGUCUACAAAAAUUUUAACAGCUGCAUUGAUUCAUGUAAAAGGCCAUUGAUUUCAACACCAAUACAAACAGCAACACAUGACUUUUUCCACAUAUUUUUUUAAGAUUGGAUUUUUAUUCUUUUAGAAAAAAAAUUCAGACUUGUAUUUAAAAUGACUUCAUGGAUUCAUCAUUUGCUGUUCCUAUGCUAGUGAUUUGAAUGUGUACCCAGUUUAAUGGAGUGUAAACUAUGUUUUUAAUUUCUGUUACUUAGUUCAUUUGGAAAUGUUUUUCCUCCAAUGUUUUGUAUUUCCAGCCAAAAGAAUGCUUGUGGUUUCUUUUGUGCUCUUAAUUCUUUUGCAGAUUUUGUUUUUACUGCAAGGAAAGUAUUUUCAAAGAGGAAAAUAUUUUCCAAUCUUGAUGCAACAUGCUAUCCAUAUUUUAUUUAGCAGGAACACUAAAAUUUGUGUAGGAUUUAUGGAAACUGAAUUUUAAAAAUAAAUCUUUCCAAAUUUUAGGAUAAAAAAUUUUUUAUUUAAAAAAAAAUAUUAAUGGGUGUAGUUACCAAUGAUCAAUAUAAGAAUGACUGGUUCUUUAAGACUGAUUGAAAUGGUUCUAUUUUAAUAUUUCAACAUUUUUGUACUUUCUAUUUGAGAUCUCUUCUUAUGUACAGUAUUGCAAAUAGUGUAGUCUGUGCUGUGGCCAAUAUUUCCCCUCCUUAUCUUAGUUUAGGCUUUAAAACCUUUUCUUCUGGCUGUCAAACACUUUGAUGAAUGAUGUGGCUGGGUUCAACAUUUUCCAGUUUCAAACCAAAUGACAUUACACUGUAUGUAUGCCACCCUGGUACCAAAUUAGAUUGUUAAUCUGUCUCAUGCCAUUUUAUAUAGUUUGAAAAUCUUACCUCAAAACUAGAUUUAACUGUUUUAUAUUAUAUAUAUAUAUCAGUUUGUGUUGUGCAUGGAAAUGAAAGUUCCCCACCCCAAGAUCUCUUCAAUUUUGAAUCAUUAAUGAUGACUUAUUUAUUAUCAUAUAAAUGUUUUUAUUUUCUGGGCUGGGGGAAACUGAUGCACAUAAAGCAACCAUAAAGAGGAAAUUCUGCAUGGUUGUUACAAUGUGGGUCAUUAUCAGAGCAAACAAUGUGAUAUAAUUGUUCAUGUAGUGUAUUUUUCUUUAAGUAUUAGUUUUUUUAUUAGUAAAUACAUUACUCAAAUAUAGUAACAAGUCUAAACAUGGUGUCUCUUGGAUAUGCAAAAAAUUCCAGAUGCCAGUUUUUUUUUUUAACUUGCAGGUAUAAAAUAUUUUCUAUAUUAGUUUUAAAUCUGUAUUGUGACAAGUAAUAAAGAUUUCAUUAAGUCAUUAUUCAA